GUCACUAUCCCGGCAUUCCCAGCGGGGAGCAGUAGAGCGGGAGCCAUUGGAGGGCUCUAGAGCGGCGGGAGCGAGCCGAGGGGCAAUGAUGUCGGAGAAAAAACAGCCUGUCGAUUUGGGGCUUCUAGAGGAGGACGACGAGUUCGAGGAAUUCCCAGCCGAAGAUUGGGCAGGUUUAGACGAAGAUGAAGAUGCACAUGUAUGGGAGGACAACUGGGAUGAUGACAAUGUGGAAGAUGAUUUCUCCAAUCAGUUAAGAGCUGAAUUAGAAAAACAUGGCUACAAGAUGGAAACUUCAUAGCUUCUACUGAUGCUGCGGUCUGGGAUUGGACUGUAAAUUGAACAGAGAAGUGUUAUGGAAUGCAAGCUGGAAGCAAAGAUAUUAGAUUGUCCAUUAUUACUCUAAAAUUUGUUUUUGUUUUGUAUAAAUUAAAAAAUUGAAUCUUAAGAGUUUUGUAUUGUUCCAGUACUGUUCAGCUUCACCUCUUGAAUUACUGGUAUGUUCAAAAACAAUAUUGUUGGCUGUUCUAAGAAUGGAUUCAUUAUAACGUUGACUUCCUUAAUAUAACUAACUGAAGCAGAGUGGAUUGAACAAUCAUUAAGUUUAUAUCACUGUAUAUCAAAACUAGGAAAAACUUUGCCAUGAUUAUUAUUUACUACUUCUACCUUGGGAGGAAGAUUGGGAUAAAUAAAAUCCUAUACUGAAAUACAACAUCUAUUGUUUUGCUUGAGCAAGUAAAAUAUACAAGUUUUAUACCUCUGAAGAAAGUCACAUGCGAAAGGUAACCUGCAGAUGGAUGAUUGGAAGCAGAAACUUGCUGUUGCAAUAUGUUGCUUUACCAUAGCUGUAGAUGUGCUACUGAAGAUAAGCUUACCUUCCAUGUCCAGAAAUUUGCCUGUUCUAGAAUUGUAACUAUUAUGACAGUUGAAUCUACAUUGUCACAUUGCAGCAGUGAAAGAAAAGUAUUCCUUGUACCUGGUUAACCUUGGAAGUAAAGUGUAAUAAAACACACAGUUAAUGUUGA